UAUAGUACGUCAGCGACGUCGCCAACGCGAAUGAAACGCAGGUACAGCGCUCGCAGUGUGCGGGUUAUGAAUGAGUUCUGUGAUUGGAAUGUAAAGGAGAAAUGUAACGAAGUAACAGAACUCCUCCGGACGCACGAAACUCUGAAGACAUGAACUUCUUUAAAACCUGUCCGACGAGGUUAGUGCCCUGGCAAGGACUGCUGGUCGUGUGUGCACUGAUCAGGCUUGCAUUUGGAGCCUCUUUCUAUGGUGACGGCUACAUGGAGCUGAAAACGGUGGAGUCGUGGUCCCGCUCGUCCCUGUAUGUGAGGUUCCGCACCUCCAGACCCAGCGGCAUGCUCUUCCUGGCAGCAGGGCACACAGACUACUGCCUGGUGGAGCUGCACUCCACUCGCUUACAGGUGAAGUUGGACUUGGGAUCUGGGGAGCGCAUACUUCGCUCAGAGAAAGGCACCCCACUGAAUGAUCUCGCCUGGCACACAGCUGAACUGCAGCAUGACAAUAACAGCGUGACCCUGACUGUGGACAAGCACUUUCAAGCGAGUGUCAGAAUGCCAGGCCUGCUGCAUGAUCUCAGCAUCCAGGAGGGCCUGUACGUGGGAGGCACUGGAGGUCUGGACAAACCGUACCUCGUCACGGAGCCCAGCGGCUUUCGAGGGUGCAUUGAUGAGCUCCUGUUUAACCAGCAUAAUCUGCUGUCCUCGCUCAGGUCCUAUUACGGGUUCAAACAUGUAUACGAGGUGUCCUUGGGCUGCAGCCCUCAGUUCUUUGCCAGUGAAGACGACCCGGUCAGUUUCUUCAGCUCCAAAGCUUAUAUUUCUUUCCCACUUUGGAAUGUGCAAGAGGGAGGAGUAUUUGAGUGCAUGGUCCACACAUCAGCUGAGCAAGGACUUCUUCUGUACAACUCUGCUCGUCAGGGAGACUUUGUAGCCAUGGAGAUCCGAGAAGGGCUGAUCAUUGCGGUUGUGGGAAAAGGUGGGAGUAAAAAUGAGCUUUCCUCCCUUAGUCAAGUUAAUGAUAGGAAAUGGCAUUACAUAAAACUACAGUUUACAUCGAGGAACCUUCAGCUUACAGUGGAUGAGGAGACCGUGAAAAAAAUCCUGAGUUCCCCCAACAAGGCUCUUAGUCUGAGGGGUCCCCUUUUUAUAGGGGGUAUAGAUGAUAGCACUCGAGCAGAAGUCCGGAAUCAGGGCUUGGUCUCGGUCUCAGGAAAGCGUGCCAGAGGAGGGUCCUUUAAAGGCUGCUUGAAAGACAUCAAAGCCAACUCUGAGAAAAUGGGCCUAAAGAAUGCUGAGGUUACUAAAGACAUUUCCGUGGGGUGUGAACCAGAAAAGGAACCAGAGCCUACAAUGCAAGCCACCCCCACUACUGUCCCCCUGCCUCAAAUCCCAUCCACAUCUGCUGCCAUUCCUACAAGCGCCAAGCCUCAGGAAAAGAAGCAUGGCAGCUUCCUGGCCCUCAAUAACCUUGUGGUUCCAGAAGGGGGCCGUGCAUCUCUCGGGUCCAAGCACAUUAAAGUCAGCCUGGAAUUCAAGAAGCUGGGUAUUCGUCAGUCACAGAUCGUUUUUAAGAUCCAAGAGCAGCCUGUCCACGGGCAGCUGAGGUUGGAUAUAGAUCAGGAUCAAGAAGAAAACACUUUCUCCAUGUUGGACCUCUGGCAUGGUAGGGUUAUGUACGUUCAUGGUGGUUCAGAGGAUCCCCUUGACUUUUUUAUGUUUUCUGUCUUUGCCAGCAGCAAGAAAGAAGUCCCACCCUAUCUAAAGGGAAAUAAGCAAUACAGAUUUAACAUUAGCGUAACCCCCACGAAUGAUGCCCCAGAACUGACUCUCCUUGAAGGAAACCUCUUUGUAUUGUUGGAGAACUCAAAGAAGCCUCUAACAACUGAUGUGUUGAAAGCCACUGACGUCGACAGCAAUUCUACAGAGCUGGUGUUUUCAGUGCUGGGUAACCUGAAUGCAGAUGCUGGCUAUCUUGAAAACACUAAGAACCCUGGUAAAGUUCUAAAUACUUUCUCGCACACUGACUUGGAGGAAGGAAGAAUACAGUAUGUUCAUAGUGGAGUGAGAAACUCCAGGAUUGUGUUAAGAGUCAGUGACGGGGAUAAAGUGAGCAACACCGUGGUCCUGCGAAUAAUGGCUAUACCACUGGAUUAUAACAUUGCAAACAACACAGGUGUGGAAGUGACGCAGGGAGAAGUGGCCUUGAUUGGUACCAACCACCUGGCAGUACAGACUAAUGCGGUCAAACAGGAGCUAGAUCUCCGGUAUGAUAUCAUUGAGCCCCCCAAGUAUGGGGAAGUACAGAGGUGGCACUCCAGCGGAGAGUGGAAACCCACCAGCACAUUCUCCCAGCGCACACUCGAACGUGAACGUGUGCGAUACGUGAGCACUUACCAGGAACCUCAGUCCAGCAAUGCUACUGACAAUUUCAAAUGCAAAGUCAGUAUCGGAAGCUUGGCCAGCGAGGAACUGUUCUUUCCAGUUACAGUGAAAUGGGUUCAGUAUAAACUACUGAAAAACAGUGCACUAGAAAUUGACAAAGUAAGGAGAGUGGCACUAAAUUCAGAACACCUCCAUGCCAUUGUUGAAGGCGUGACAGUAGCGGAAAACAAUCUGUAUUACCGGCUUUUGACAUUACCCAAGAAAGGCAAGCUUCUGCUGAACAACAAAGUGUUGAAGAAAAACUCAACUUUUAGCCAAAGAAAUGUCACUGAGCAGAAAGUAGAAUAUGAGCUGGUUGAAAGACCACGUGAAGACUCAAAGGACAUGUUUACCUUCCAGGUUCUCUCCAAACACGCACAUUCAGGGGCCUAUGAUUUCAAACUUGCCAUCAAGGCAGAUGUCAACAGUAUCAUCCUAACCAAUACUGGGCUUUCUUUAAUCGAGGGAGAAAGUAAACUGAUAUCAAAAGAGGAAUUGUUUUCAGAAACCCUGAUCACAAAAGAAAUGUUCUACAAAAUCACAAGCAGCCCCAAACAUGGGAAGUUAAAGCGUAUAAACCUUUCUGACUCUGCCUCCAGCAAUGACAACAUGACGGUGUUCACCAACGCAGAUAUCCUUGGGGAACGCAUUCUGUACGUCCACGAUGACUCUGAAACCACCCAUGAUGAGUUUACUUUCAUUGCAUCCCUCAACAAGUCUGGGGCGGGGGCUGCAGCUGUGGAGAGCUCCUUUAACAUUUCCAUUGAGCUCAAGAAUGACGAGAAGCCAGUGCGUGUUGUUGAUAAGAUCUUCCAUGUGGCCAGAAAUGGUCAGAAACUGUUAACUGUGGAAGAUCUCUGCUAUCACGAUGGGGACUCUGAUUUUGACAAUGGCCAGCUGUUGUACACUCGACGCGGAAUACCGAACGGGGACCUGGUCCUUGUGAAUGACACCUCUCACAAGCUCUACCAGUUCCAUCAGGAAGACCUGGAGCUGAGGCGUGUCUUAUUCUUGCACCGUGGGACAGAUUACGGGCGUUUCGUGUUGUUUGUGACUGAUGGGAAGCAUUAUACAUCGUCGCUGCUGGAGGUCAGUGCACACGAACCCUACAUCCAGAUAGCCAACAGUACAGGGCUGCUGGUACAAAAAGGACAUGCAGCGUCUUUCAACGCAGCCAACUUCAGUGUGGCCACCAACAUGGAUGUAAGAGACGAUAAGGAGGUCACCUACAAAUUGUUUCUCCCACCAAAGCAUGGCAGACUGCAUAUAAAUGAUCUUCUAGUGGAUUCUUUCACGCAGCACGAUUUGAGAAGGGAUCACCUGGUCUAUCAACAUGACAACAGUAACAACUUGGUGGACAGAUUCAACUUUACCGUGAAGGUUAAGGAUGUCCGUCUGGAUGCUGGAGUUUUUGUCCGAGUGUAUUUGGAGAGUCACCAGCGCCCCCCAAAGGUUGUGCACAACAGAACUCUUCUGGUAGAAGAGGGGAAGCCUGUGAAGAUCAGUAAAAGAAAACUUGAGGUUGUGCAUGAAGAUAGCUUACCUGUGGAAAUCGUUUACACUGUUAAGAUCGCUCCUACCUACGGAUACAUCCGCAGCUUUGCUGAAGGGGAGGGGCGAUACCUGGGAAGUGAACAAGCCCCUAUCCAGAGCUUCACACAGCAAGACAUUAAUGAUGGCAACAUCCAGUAUGUGCAUGUCACUGCCGAUCAGCACAAGGACAGCAUCGAGCUGCAGGUCUCCAAUGGAGUGACUGAGGUUGGGGGACUCCAGGUCUGCAUUGAUGUUAUACCUCGUCUAAUCCCACUGAAAGUGUCCAACAUCACGCUGAAGGAAGGAGCGGCCAAGGCGCUGACAGAGGACAUCAUUCAAGUUACCAGCCAACACUUUGCUGGCCUGGACUUGGAGUACUCUGUGUGGGAGCCUCCGCAGCAUGGGCAGAUAGAGCACUCCCGAUCCCCCGGCGUGAAGCUCCUUGUGUUCACCAGAAAGCAAGUUCAGCAGGAGUUCAUUUAUUAUCUGCAUGAUGACAGUGAGACGACGUCUGAUAAUUUUACCAUCAUUGCCAAUGACACUGAGCUUCGGAAGCAGAGCCAGCCCUGCACUGUCUAUGUAAACGUUAUGCCAGUGAAUGACGAGGCGCCGGUUAUAACUGCCAACACAAUAUUAAAGGUGUGGGUGAGCUCAGUUACUGAGAUAACAAAAGCAGACCUGAACUCUGAAGACAAGGACUCUCCCCCAGAAGAGCUGGACUAUGUCAUUACCCCCCCCAGCAACGGCCACCUCGCUCUAAAGAGCUCUGCAAACAAGAGUAUCCUGAACUUCACACAGGCACACGUUAACAACGGGGAGGUAGUGUUUGUACACAGCGGAGCCAUGUCUGGUGGAUUUAGUUUCCAGGUGAGCGAUGGUUUGAACUUUGCCCCUCGGCAGAUCUUCAGUGUCACAGCCAGAGCUCUGCUCCUCCGCUUGGACACAAACCAGCAUCUUCAGGUCUUUCCAGGGUCUCUAACUCCCAUUUCAUCAGAAGAUUUGCAGGCUGUUACGAAUGAUGAUGAUGAUGGAGCAGGAAACCGCACCAUAACCUUCACUCUGGUCAGCUCUCCCACACUGGGAAGGCUGGUCAGAGUCAAGCCUGACAACUCCACUGUGGAAAUCUCCACUUUCACGCAAGCCAUGGUGGAUGAGGGUGCGAUUGCUUAUGAACAGACUAACCUGGAGUCUAUAGGAUGGAGUGCAGAGGACUCCUUUAGAUUUACUGUGUCCUCUCCGCCUGCCUCUCUGGAUCCUCACGUAUUUAACAUCGCCAUCUCUUAUGAAAACACUGGUCCUGAACGGCGGAGUCUUCUGCUUGCAAACACAGGUGCCAUGGUUACAGAGGGUGAGAAAGUGCUGAUUGAUAAAUCCAAGCUGGAUGCUUCCAACCUCCUGGUGAAGCUGCCUGAAGCACAGCGCCACUCUUAUGAAGUCUGGUAUGAAGUCAACUCUUUACCCCAGCACGGUGUAAUCACUGUUGGAGAACGCAACCUUACCAAAGAGAAGCCCAACUUCUCCCAGUUCAUUCUCAACAAGUAUGGAAUAACCUACCAGCACGACAACUCUGAGUCUUUGCAGGACAGCUUUGCCUUCAGUGUGUGGUUAAACCUGAAGAGCAAGGCUGCAUCCAGACCCCUGGAUGGAAGUGAAGUGAUUGAAGAGGUCUUCAAUGUUACUGUCACACCAGUCAACGACCAGCCUCCAGAGCUGAAGACGAAGGCUCCAGGCCUAAGGGUGGUUCAGGGCAACAAAGAGUUGCUCGUUCCAGAGCAUUUGAACGUUGUGGACUUGGAUAAUCCUCCAGAAGAUAUCAAAUACACCAUAAUCAGUAAACCCAACAAUGGCUUUCUAGCGAUGGGUAGCAGCAUUAACGAAUCCAUCAUGACCUUCACUCAGGCUGACAUCAACCGUGGCAGAGUGUGGUUCAUCCAGGAUGGAAGCACGUUCUCAGGAGUCUUCUACUUCAGUGUCACGGACGGCAAGCACAGGCCGCUGUACAAACUGUUCAAUUUGGAGGUGACGGAGAUUACCAUUUCCCUUUCUAACAAUACUGACCUGGUGUUGGAGCAGGGCCAAACUGCUGUGGUCGUCACCAAUGAGCAAUUAGCAGCAGAGACCAAUGGUAAAAACACAACAAUCCACUAUCUGGUUACAACCCCUCCCCAGUUUGGAAAGCUUCUCAUCGCUACUGAACCAGUCACACAGUUUGAGCAAGAAGAUCUUUUACAAGGAAGAAUAUCCUAUCAAAUGACUAAUCUAACAUCCUCCCGGGAUAGCUUUAAAUUCACUGUCUUUACUUCUGAGAGUAAUCUGACUGAACAGGUCCUUAAUAUUACAGUUAAACCUUUGAUAACCUUAAGCCAAGACACAAGGGUCCCAAAUGAAAUUGCAUUUAAAUUGAAGAGCAGCAUGCUGAAUGCCACACAGUUAUCCGUCCUGAGUGGUAGCGAUCCACACUUUGAAAUAGUAGUCCCUCCAACACACAGCAAACUUUUAACAUCCAAAAAACUUAAUCAUGGAACGUCAGAGCCUGUCCUAUCUUUCACUUUCAAAGAUCUUGAGAUGGGGAUCGUGUCACUUGAGUCUGCAGCCAACAUGACAGCAAUCCAGGAACUGAAUGAUUCGUUCACCUUUGUUCUUCAUGCAGAUAGCGCUCAACCUGCGAUCGGUGUUUUUCUGUAUGUUAUUGUGCCGUAUGAUCCAUCAUUGGUGCCAGUUGUCACAACCAAAAGCCCUCCAUUGACUACUGCAGCAGUUAUAACUAACCAGACUGCCUUAGGUGAACCCCAAUUGCCAUUUCCAGUGGAGCCCACUGUGGUUACUAAGGAAUCGACCAAGCCUGUUACCAGAUGGAAAGGUAAGAACCGCUGGGGAAACCCCAAUAGAGUUGCUGUCCCUGAGCCAGCGGUGCCAGAUCUAGCCUCAGAGAAGCGGGAGAAAACGCCCAAGACCCCUGUUGUGGAAGCUGCAGCUCAUCCCAGCAGGGCCUCCAACCCCCUGCUCAUCAUACUGCCCCUGCUGGCUUGCCUCCUCCUCAUUGUUAUUCUGGUGGUGUUGAUUGUAGUAUUCCGACACAGAAAGGAGAAGCAAAAGCCCCUAAUUCAGAACCACCCCAACAACACCACUGCCCCGAGCAGCCCGAGCCCGUGUCAGCCUGAGAGGAGCCUGGCCGUCCCGUCCGUCACUGUUACACCACUGCUGAAAGGAAGGGAGGUUGGCGCAGGCAUGGGGCCCCGAGGAAAUGCAUUGGAGACCAGUAGCAGCCCACAAGAGACCUCCCUGCAGCUCUGUACCUGGAACAACCUGGACCCAGAGACACUGCUGCACUGCCGGACCUCGCACCCAACCCUGCGCAACAACCAGUACUGGGUGUAGCUUCAUCUGCUGCUGUCCGUGUACAUCACAGCUCUCUUCUUAUUCCACUGCUGCUGGACAGUUCUGGGAGUAAGCAGACAGGAAGGGCUGCUGUAUUCAGCUACAAUACAGUCGCCACCACUUAGAACGGGCGUGUGUGUGUUAACGUGAUUCACCCGCAGUAAGCGAUGGAUGGUAUAAACUCUCACACAAUAACCUGACAUUCAAAAUGUCCCCCAAUCACCAGUACAGUAAUCAAAACAAACAAGCGUGUAUGCAGUUAAAAAUCUUAAUUAAGACACUCAUUACACUAAUAAAGAUGUAUUAAAACCUAUGAAUGUAAUAAAAAGUACAAUGAUCUGUCACAUAUCCGACUGCGAUGGGACCAGAGUCAGGGCGGAUAUGUAAAAAGGCAGAUGAAUGAAUCCUGUUUUAAAUACCAUUAUACACACUGUAACAAUUACUGUACUGUAUUAUUAUUGUUUUCAGAUUCGGCUUUUAUUAGGGAGCUCCCCUAAAUCCCUUGUUUAGAAAGCUAAGGUAUUAAUGCUUGUGACAGAGUAGCUGUCUGCCGUGUGGGUGCGUGCAUUCGCUGCUGAGUGACAGGCAGGAGAGCGAGACAGAGAUUGAAGUUGAUACGCCCCCCGCAGGCGAACAGGAUUUAUUCACAUAUUGCAGCGCUGAGCUGCGGGGUUUCCAGGAUAUAAUGAGACAGACGGCAGUUGCGGUUCAAAGAAGUAGGAGGCCGUUGUAUUUUUUUUUUGUAGCUUUUUAUUUACACUGAAUUUCUGUGCUGAUGCUCAUUGCUUUUUUCUUACCAGCCAUGCUUGCUUGCUGUUGCAGUCAGUGCUGUUUUUUCAAACUGUAAAUAAACCCGACACUGCGUACAGGGAUUAAAUAGCCAAGGUACAGUACAGGGCUAAUCGCUCAGUAACGAGGUGCAAACAGCUGAUUGAGUGAUCUGUCCAGCUUUUACUACAGUAAAGUGCUGCCUUUUGUAUUGAAAUCAACAUGAAAGGCAAGGUAAGAGGUGCAAACAGCUGAUUGGUGGAUUAGUAAGAGUGAUUACUACAGUAUAAGCUGUGCGUUUGUUAUUGAAAUCUAUGUGAAUGGCACAUAACAAGAUCCAAACAGCUGAGUUUGCCCAAAAUACACAGCAUGCUUAACACAGUAUAAACAAUGCCUUUGUUAUUGAAAUCAAUGGGAAUGGCAAACAGCAAAUGCUAUUUGUCCAUAUAAACGGCUGCCUGAAAUAACCCUGUACAGUGUAAGUGGUGGCGACUGUAAUACACAAGGGUGACGAAGGUUCAGCUCGACCAGAGGUUUGCUUUACAAAUUUCAUAUAAAUGUACAGUGUCUUCUAAGCUCAGGAACAGCUUGCUUUUCUUUUUAUUACAGUGGCAUUCAGAGGCACGAGUUAAUGGUUGAUUUCAAGGUUUAAUCAAUAAGUAAUUUUUGUGAUUGGCAAUGCUAUUGAAGGCUAUAUCUUGUGAACCCACUGUUCUAUUUUACAUGCCAUGGAGCCAUGGAUGUAUGUAAUGGUGCUCUACUUGUCAGUGGUCUGACACUACUGAUGUGUUUAAUUGUUGUAGAUAGAUUUUAUAUAUAUAUAUAUAUAUAUAUAUAUAUAUAUAUAUAUAUAUAUAUAUAUAUAUAUAUAUAUAUAUAUAUAUAUACUUCAAUGGAAAGAUUCCACACAUUCUAAAUAUGGUUGAGCUAGAGGGAUAUAAUCCCUGAUAUAUGCCCUUAGAAUCUUUGUAAACGCAUUACAAAAACAAAUCAAACAAGAUCACUCCAUCAGCUAUUAACAAAAUGUUGUUUAAAGUAAGUUUAAACCAUUUUAAUAAGAUGUCAGUUGAGGAAUGGCUAAAUCAAAACAUCCCGGAAAAUCCGAGCACCUCUGAGAUGUCUACAGUCGCUGUAAGUAGUAUAGAGAGAAGUACUGUCGGACAAACUGAACCGGUUUCUUCAUCAAGCUCUUCCGAAGGUCACACUGCUUCUGCUGUUCAAGUACUAGGCAACUUUCCCAGAAGCAUUUUUAAUAACUGCUCGAUAUCUGGAAAUAUUCAAAUCAAUUCAAAGACUUUAUUAUUAUUAUUAUUAUUAUUAUUAUUACAAUUGCAAAAAAAAAAAUUGUCCACAGUUUAUUUUCACAGAAGUAUUUAAUAACCGCACUAAUAAUAAUAAUACAUUUUUUCACAAUCUUUUUUUCUCUGUUUAUUCAAAUAAAAGUAUACAGUUUUAAAAAUGCUGUUUUGUACAUUUAUUUUAUAAAAGAUCGUUGUUAUGGAGGACUAUAUUUAUAGAACGUUCAUUUUACAGUGUGGAAGGAUACGUAAAAAAAAUUAAAAAAAAUAAUAAAAAAAAAAUAAUAAAUUAAGUAAAAAUCAAUAAGAAUUAUAGUUAAUUGUGCUGUAACGUUGAAGUAUAUAAGCAAUAAAACCCUCCACAUCGGGAUUACCAGGCAUUAUAAAACCGUUUGGUUGUAAUGGCGCCCUCGACUUCGUCUCGGGCCACAUUACCCAAACGGUUGUGUAAUGCCCUCUGUGUCGGGUCUUAUUGCUUACAUAUACCACUAGCAUACCUUUUCGGUCUCAUAACAGAAUCCUGAAUAAGGAGGAGGCUGGGGCAAAGUUUGUUUUUGUUUAGUUUGUUUGUAGAAGGUGGUAGAAUGAAUUGUUGAGGACAGCAGCAUAGACCAGUCUUUAAACCUGAGUUUGUGAUUGUGGAUUGCGACACUUUGAUUUAGAAGCAAUAUCAUGCAAAUUGCUUUGUUAAAUUGUUACUGAAUGUAUGUCCAAACACUGAAAACAUGCUUUACUGUUACGUUUGAUCAUGCCAGAAUUGCCAAAUAUUGUAUUGUUUAGCUUGGUUUUUAAUAAAAUGUAUGUUGUUCGUG